ACAGAAAUGUUUACGCCGUCUGACGUACCAUUCUGACUUGAAACCAGUCAGUGUCGCGCUUUCGUUCGACGCACGCGCAUACAAAGUUGAAGUAACAAUCAUGAAGCUGUUAAUAGCAUUGUGCGUGGUGGCGCUAGCAGCGCACGCGCAAGCUCGUGUCACCGCUACACAAGCUCCUGUGUCUACGCACAUCACCUCGCUCACGGACAAGGAUGCCAGAAGCAAGGCCAAGGUCCACCCAGCCUUUGCCAAUGCUGGCCAGCGAGCUGGCGUUGAAGUCUGGAGGAUAGAGAAUUUCGAUCCGGUACCAGUUGCUCAGAAUGACUAUGGAAAAUUCUACAAGGGGGACUCCUACAUCGUUUUGAAGACGACAGCAGACAAACGCAACAACCUCGCCCACGAUAUCCACUACUGGAUCGGCAGUCAGUCCACCCAGGACGAGUCGGGGGCAGCGGCCAUCUUGACAGUCGGCUUGGAUGACAAGUUCAACGGCGCCGCCAUCCAGCACAGAGAGGCUAUGGGCUAUGAGAGCGCGCAGUUUUUGGGAUAUUUCCAACCAGCCAUCAGAUACGUGGACGGAGGUGUAGCUUCGGGCUUCAACCACGUCGUCACCAACCCUGGUGCUGAGAAGAGACUGUUCCAGGUCAAAGGCAAGAGAAACGUGCGAGUACGACAGGUGGAUCCCCUCAUCUCCUCGAUGAACGAAGGCGACUGCUUCAUCCUGGACCAAGACCAGACCAUCCUGGUGUACGUGGGGAAGAAGGCGAAGAAUGUGGAGAAGCUCAAGGCCAUAUCUAUGGCCAACCAGAUCAGGGACCAGGACCACAACGGCAGGGGACGUGUGGAGAUCAUUGACCAAUACUCCAGCGAGGUGGAUGUCCAGAAGUUCUUCACAGCUCUAGGAUCUGGUGCCCCAAACAGCGUUCCAGAAGAGAAUGCAGGUGGUGAUGACCAGACUUUCGAAAGAAGCGAGGAGCAGUCAGUUGUCCUCUCAGAAGUGUCCGAAUCGUCCGGCAAGGUCAAGGUGACCGCUCUACCGAAGCCCUUAAAGCAGGAGCAGUUGAAGCCCCAAGACUGCUACAUCCUGGACACCGUCAGUGGCAGUAUCUACGUGUGGGUAGGCAAGCAAUGCUCGGCGAAGGAAAAAACUGAAGCUGUGAACAAGGCACAGGAAUACCUGUCAUCUAAGAACUACCCUAAAUGGGUAUCCGUAGUGAAGAUACCGCAGGGCACCGAACCCGCGGCCUUCAAGCAAUAUUUCAGCACGUGGAGAGACACCGGCAUGUCCCACAACAGACUGGUCUGAGACUAAGUACAAAAUCAUCGCCUGUGAAGAAAAAUACUCAAUCAAAGUUUUUAAUAAAUUAUCUGUAAAAACCUGAAUAUUAUAAUCAUGACAAGAGAUUUAUACAAUAAAUAUUAAUUUAAA